AUGUCCCAACAAGAAAAAAAAAAAUUACCAAACAACGAAACUACUCCUGCGCCUGCUACCACUAGCAAAUCGACCGUUACUUCAAAAUCAAAAGUUCAGCAUAUGAAAGAACAAUAUAAAAAUUUUAAGGUUCCAGAUUCCUAUUUAGAAAAGCAAAAGGAACUUCGCCAUAAUUUAGACCUUGAUGAUGAUAAUCCAUCUUUGGAAACUGAAAAUCAUAAAUUACGUGCGACAAUAGCCGAUUUGCGUAAUAAAAACACGAAGUUGGAGAAAACAAACGUAGAUAUUUUUAAGGAAUUAAAACUCUUAAAAGAGGAUUUCAGUACGCUUAUGGAAAUUAACGAUGCAUUCGGUACAGAAAAUAAAGAAUUAAAAAGAAAAAUCAGAACAAGUGAGAUCGAUGAUAUCGAAUCCAAGCAUCUUUCCAAAAAAGCCAAGGGCAAAAGAAGCGUAGUCCAAAUAAGUGAUGAUGACGAUAAAGACGAAGAUGUUGAUAACGACUUGAUGGAUUCCAAAUCGAAUGCAACUGAAGAAUCACCCGAAGAGCCUAACGAAAGAGAAGCAAGGGUUUGUUGA